CCAAUUCAAUUUCUGGGGUAUAUUAAGGUCAUAUCUUCAGUACUUUCAGGUCAAUUGCUUGUCCAGCACACUUCUGUCUCCUCAGCCAUUGUGUACAAAUUCUACAACUUCUUCAUUCUAUGACUUUACUCCUCAUGAGAUCCAUCGAGAUAGCCGCUUUGGCGGUCUCCGCACUGCUUUCCGGCACUUCAGCCAGUCCGUUACAACAAAGGAACAAUGGACCAAUGGUCUACGGAUUUGAUGAGAUACAACCGUCUCCGGAACUAAUAUGGACCUCCUGUUUUGAUAACUUCACCUGUGCGAUGCUCGAGGUACCACUGGAUUAUACAGAUCCAAGCAUAGGGUCUACCAAUGUCGCUUUCAUCAAAAAGCCUUCAUCAAAUACCACAGCUAUCGAUCUUUUCGCGCAGCCAGGCGGUCCCGGUGGCUCUGGGGUUUCCACGAUUCUUGAAUGGGCCGAAACCUUUCCGCACAACGGUUUGGGUUCGCAGUACCAUCUAAUCGGCUUCGACCCUCGCGGGGUGAAUCGAAGUGGCAUCGAACUCGAAUGUUUCCCUGGCAACCCCGCUGCCAAAUUACGUUUCAGCCAAGAUGUUCUUGAUCGGCCGGUAGACGAUUCUUCUCGAGGUUCACUGUACCAGGCCUGGGAGCUGAGCCGCGGAUGGGGUGAGCGAUGCACUGCGGUCCAAGACCCCAAGUUGCCGAAAAAAUAUGCGAAUACUGUCGCGGUCGCGAACGACGUGCUCCGCUUCACGGAGCUGAAUGCCAAAAAUCUUGGGCACCCGCCUGAAGAAGCGAAGGUCUGGUUUUACGGUCGCAGUUAUGGCACGGUGCUUGGCGCGACAAUCGCAGCGCUCUUUCCGGAUCGAAUCGGGAGGAUGAUUUUGGAUGGAGUCGUUGACGCUGACGACUACUACGGAGGGGGAUGGGCGACCGCCGUUGCAGACGCCGAUCAGAGCGCGAGGACCUUCUUCACAUCCUGCUAUGAAGCCGGGCCAGAACUCUGCGCCUUCUACGGCAACGCUUCCAGCGCGGAGGACAUCGAACUACGAGUGUUCAAUAUCUUCGAUGAUCUCCGAGAAUAUCCAAUUCUGAUUUCCGACCCACUGAUGUCGUCCACGCCGCUCCUGGUGGGAGUGUCGGAGCUCAAAGCAUUCUUUUUCAACGCCCUGUAUAAUGCCGUCCAGAACUUCCCCGCCCUCGCGCUCGUCCUCGAUGAAUUAGAGCACCGAAAUGCCACCACUUUGUCCAUCGCCGGGGGAAGAGUGGCGCUGGGGAUCCCGAUGAACACCACGGACGAUACAUAUACCCCGGGAUUUGCUAGAACGCACAUCGCGUGCAUCGAUGCGAACGGUCGCUACAAUCUAUCUACAUUCGAGGAGUACCAGCGCCACGUCGAGUUCCAGGUCAAUCUGAGCUUCUUCGGCGGGAACACGAUGGCGUCCAUCGUCACCACUCCAUGCCGGGGUUUUGGCAUCCAGCCACCCGAAAGCCAGGUCAUGAACAUUCCCGUCUCCUCCGACCACACCAACGUUCCCAUCCUUUUCGUCGGGAACACGAACGACCCCGUCACGCCGCUGCGCAGCGCACAGCGGAUGUCCUCGCAAUUCGCCGGUUCCGGUGUCCUGACCGUCGACGGCACAGGUCACACCUCGCGCGGGGCACCGUCGAAGUGUACCGCGGACCACUACGCCGCGUAUCUCGCCUCAGGCACGCUUCCGCCACCGGAUACGGUGUGCAAAGGAGAUUUGAUACCGUUCGUGGAUAGAGCGGGGGCUGGAGGGGGUGCGGGGCCUAUUGAAACUGUUUAAACGAUGGGUAAUGUAGAUAUGUCACUAGAAUUUUAGAGGUAGUUGAUAUAGGAUUUGAAUUCACAAGCACGC